AUGCAAGUAUCAGAUAUCUUCAAAAAUGCUGUUCAACAAACUCAAUCUGCUGAAUCAAAGUUAGAGGGGUUGGACAGUCAGCUGCAACGGUUAAAGAACCUCACCGACGAUCUCCAAAGACAACUGAACGACCUAAACGCCACCAAGGCAAGGCUUACUUCAGAAAAUUUUGAAUUACUUCAUGCUAACCAAGAAUACGAAGCACAAGUUCUCAAUUUGUCCAAGGCAAAGUCUUCGUUAGAGAGCGUUGCCGACGAUCUCAAGCGUUCCUUAGAUGACGAGGCCAAGACUCGAUUCAACUUGCAAUCCCAACUCGCCUCUCUCCAAGUGGAUUACGACAACUUGCAAGCCAAAUACGAGGAGGAGAGCGAAGAGGCUAGUAACUUGCGAAAUCAAAUCUCGAAGUUCAACACAGAUAUGGCAGCCCUAAAGUCCAAAUUUGAGCGUGAGCUGAUGACCAAGACAGAGGAAUAUGAAGAGUUGAAACGGAAGAUGACAGCUCGCAUCAAUGAGUUAGAGGACACUGCGGAACGUGAACGGGCUCGUGCUUCUAAUCUGGAAAAAAUUAAGACUAAGCUGACCAUGGAGAUCAAGGAUUUGCAAAAUGAAGUUGAUAGCCUUUCUGCGGAGAACGCUGAACUUGCUCGUCGAGCCAAGGCAGCCGAGACAUUGGCGAAUGAUUUGCAGCGCCGCGUUGAUGAGCUCACCGUGGAAAUUAAUAAUCUGCAUUCUCAGAACAGCCAGCUUGAAUCGGAGAACAUGCGGCUCAAAAGUCAGGUAAAUGAUCUGCUGGACAAGAACGCAGCUUUGGACCGCGAAAACCGUCAACUUGUGGAUCAAGUUAAAGAGCUUAAAACCACCCUCCGUGAUGCAAAUCGUAGACUGACUGACUUGGAAGCACUUCGGUCUCAGCUAGAAGCAGAGAGAGACAAUCUUGCUUCUGCUCUGCACGAUGCCGAGGAGGCCUUACGAGACAUGGACCAAAAAUACCAAGCCGCACAGUCCGCAUUAAAUCACUUGAAGUCGGAAAUGGAACAGCGGCUGCGUGAAAAGGACGACGAACUUGAAAACCUACGCAAGUCCACCACUCGUACCAUCGAGGAGCUAACGGUCACGAUCACGGAGAUGGAAGUGAAAUACAAGUCAGAGAUUUCACGCCUCAAAAAGCGAUAUGAAUCCAACAUUGCAGAGUUGGAGCUGCAACUGGACACAGCCAAUAAGGCAAAUGCUAAUCUUAUGAAAGAAAACAAGGGUCUGGCCCAAAGAGUAAAGGAUUUGGAGAUGAUUCUCGAAGAGGAGCGCAGAGCACGUGAAGCAGCUGAAUCAAAUCUGCAGGCCAGUGAGCGCAAACGGAUUCAGUUGGCCAGUGAAACUGAGGAGUUGCGCGGUGCGCUUGAAAAUGCAGAUCGGGCAAGAAAACACGCGGAGAAUGAGAUGACCGAAGCACAAACCCGCGUGAGCGAGCUGACAAUGCAAGUGAACACUCUGAGCAACGACAAGCGUCGGUUGGAGGGCGAUAUUGGUGUGAUGCAAGCGGAUAUGGAUGAAGCGGUGAAUGCGAAGCAGGCAGCAGAAGACCGAGCAACAAGACUAAAUACCGAAGUCCUCCGCCUGGCGGAUGAGCUGCGCCAAGAACAAGAGAAUUAUAAGCAUGCGGAGGCGUUAAGAAAACAGCUGGAAAUUGAGAUCCGCGAAAUAACGGUGAAACUUGAGGAGGCCGAAGCAUUUUCCGCCCGUGAAGGGAGACGCAUGGUGCAGAAGCUUCAGGCUCGAGUUCGUGAACUGGAGGCGGAAUUUGAUGCUGAAUCACGGCGAUGCAAGGAGGCACUCGCUUCUGCCCGCAAGUUUGAACGCCAAUUCCGGGAAUUGCAAACACAGGCCGAAGACGACCGCCGUAUGGUUCUCGAGCUUCAAGACCUAUUGGAUAAAACCCAGAUCAAAAUGAAAGGCUACAAGCGUCAACUGGAGGAAGCCGAGGAAGUUUCUCAGCUCACAAUGAACAAAUAUCGCAAGGCGCAACAGCAGAUAGAGGAGGCCGAGCAUCGCGCAGACAUGGCGGAACGCACCAUCACAAUUAAGCGUGUCGGUGGAGGUCGUGCUGGCUCGGUCAUGCGGGAGCUCUCUGUGAUGUCUUCAAGAGGAGCGCGCGCGACCAGUAUCAUGUAAAUCUCACCUAUCCCAAACGACGGUUAAUUUUGCACCUACCACCGACGAAGACUGCUUGCAUUUUCCCCGUCCUGCUCUCUCAGUUCUGACCCUUGGUUCAUCUACUCCGUUGCCAAAAUUCCCUUUUCCAAGAUGGCUGGCGAUGUUUAUCCAUCUAGCUUCAAAUAGUUUGUUCUUUAGGUACAAUGCUUUUCGCACUGGUUCAUCCUUCAAAACCCAAUGAUUCUUCUGCUCAUACGACAUUUGUGAGCUGAAGUUUCCAAACAAGCUUCUUGUGUUUAUUUUUGUCUGCGGCGUUCUGCAUCUGUCCAGAUUAGGUAGAGAUGCCCCAUAUUGAAAAUCGUCUACUUCGCCCUCAGAACACCACAUUUGCAGUAUUGGUCGGCUGCGCCUUGCUGUCAGGAGUUCACUGGGCCUCCAGUCCGUUUCCCUACACAUUCAUGCUGAACAGUGAAAUGGUUGCUGCGGUCUAGCGGACUAGCAGAUGUUUCUAAAAAAUAUUUUCAAUCGGAGCAACAUCGAACUAUUUGGCAAACUUGGCGACUUGUGAAUUGGAUGAUGCCAAAAUUCGGGAAGGAUAUCUGUGUGAAGCAACAAUGCAGGUCUUUUCGCCUGAUUUCAAAACUCAUUGUUUACUGAUGGCUGGAUCAUUAUUUGACUAUUUAUGCAAACCUCUUGUCAAAACCCCUAUUAAGUCAUGCUCCCUUAUUUCUUCAUUUACUAGUCAAUGGAAAACGAAUUUAAUUUGCUUCACCUUUUUUCUUGUAACUCACCAUUUCCCCCAAAUGUACUGAACACUUCUG